AUGCCCUACCUUCUGGUCACCUUCUGCUGCGCUUUCGCGGCACUAGGCUCGUUCUUGUUCGGCUAUGAUUCGGGCGUGAUCUCGUCGAGUAUCGAACAAAAUGCUUUCCUGGAUUACUUUGGAUCUCCGGGAUUAUCAGAUGCCGCCAGCGGCGGCAUCAUCUCUUCUUACACAGGCGGCGCAAUUGUCGGGUCGCUUCUCGCGCCCUACAUAUCAGAUCUCCGAGGACGACGAAUGAUCAUUUUCGUCGGAGGACUGCUAGCCACCCUCGGAGCUGGACUUCAGGGAGGUGCGAUAACCGUGGCAAUGCUCAUUGCAGGUCGAUUCAUUGCAGGCCUGGCCGUUGGACUCAUGUCCGCGACGAUUCCUGUCUACUGUAGCGAGGUCGCCCCUCCACGAAUUCGCGGCCUCUUAGCAAGCAUGCAACAGUGGAUGGUGGGACUCGGCAUCAUGGUGGCUGCGUGUCCGCAAUGGGUCGGCUACGGAUGCUCUCUCCACCGCGGAAAUUUCGCCUGGCGAUUUCCCCUUUCAUUCCAGGCUGUCCCUGCCGUUCUACUCGUCUGUGGUAUCUUGUUUCUCCCUGAAUCACCUCGGUGGUUGAUCGAACACGACAAGGAAGCUGCUGGCCGAGCAGUCCUUACCCGCCUGCACCUGAACGCCAACGCGUCGAACCAGGAAUUAGUGGAUCGAGAACUCCAUCAGAUCCACGAAAGUGUCCUCUAUGAAAAACAGCUCGCCGUGCGCUCAUGGCGCCAGCUUCUUUUCUCCCGCCAGUGGCGCUACCGGAUCCUUUUGGCUUGCGGUCUCCAAGCCAUGACCCAGUGUUCGGGCGUGAAUGUCAUUCAGAAUUACGGACCUCGCCUCUACAAGACCCUGGGCAUGUCCACCUCCACUUCCCUGAUGAUCAUCGGUAUCUCGGGCGCGCUGGCGCAGCUUUGGAAUACCAUUUUCAUGACGUUCAUCGACAAGGUCGGCCGGCGCAAGUUGCUCAUCCCAUCCUUGCUGGGCAUGGGAGCCGCCAUGUGUGUGGAAGCGACGCUUGCGCACUACGUCGACUUUGGGGAUGCCAACUCGAAUCAGGACGCUCUCCGCGCGGCCAUCGCCAUGUUCUUCGUGUUUUCCCUAUUCUUCACGGCUCUCGGGAUGAUCUCCUGGAUCUAUCAGUCGGAAAUCUUCCCGACCGCAAUCCGUGCACGCGGAUCCGCCAUCGCGACCGCAACGAAUUGGAGCUCUAACCUCAUCUUUGCGCAGUGCUCCCCCAUCGCGUUGACAAGUAUUGGGUCCAAGUACUUUUACGUUUUUGUCGCCUUCAACUGGGCCUCCGUCAUUAUUGUCUGGUACUGGUACCCGGAGACUGUCGGCAAGACACUCGAAGAAGUGGAGCAGGUCUUUUGGGACUCAUCCCAGGGCCAAGAGGCCGCCGGCUUGCCUGCUACGAUCACCGCGCAAGAAGUCGCCAGUUCUUCCCAGGGGGACAAGGAGUGGACGCCACCACUCCCACAUCCUUAUCCCCAUCAUCAACAUCAUCCGCAGGGCGUUCAUCCAUUGUCAAUGCACCCAAUCAAAAGUGACAAUUGGAGUCGUAGGAGUGUCUCCAGUCUGCCAGAAUCGACGAGGAAGCAGAUGGAUGGUACAUAG